UUUUCCCUGCCCGCGGCCGCCGCUCGCUUUAAUAUCGCUGUUAAGCAUCAAAAGGUUGCAUAAUCAUCAAAAGGGAGGAGCCAGUCCACAUUGAGGCUUCUGGAGAUCAGCGAGAGGGGGAAAAGCGUUGUACAAAGCUCUCGGAGAGUUAGUGGGUGUUUGGCUGCUUUGUACGGCAGGAAUUAUGCCUGGGAAAUUCGUUCGAAGCUUAGGAAAAGGGAGUCCUGCUCCAGGGCCUGUGCCGGAGGGGGUGAUUCGCCUCUACAGCAUGCACUUCUGCCCCUUUGCACAGAGAACACGUCUUGUCCUGAUAGCCAAAGGGAUCAAUCAUGAAAUUGUUAACAUCAACUUGAAAAAUAAGCCAGAGUGGUUUUUUGAGAAAAACCCAUUUGGAUUGAUACCUGUGCUGGAGACGAGCAAGGGUCAGCUGAUCUAUGACUCCCCAAUCACUUGUGAGUAUUUGGAUGAAGCUUACCCAGGGAAGAAGCUGUAUCCUACAGACCCUUAUGAAAAAGCUUAUCAGAAGAUGCUCUUGGAACAUUUCUCUAAGCCAAGGGCUCUGAGCCAGAAGUAUAUUAUGCCUAACCUGAGUGAAGAGGAGAAGGCCUCCGUGAAAAAUGAGUUCUGUGAAGAGCUUUUCAAACUUGAAGAGAUUCUGGCAAAGCAGAAGACCAAGUUUUUUGGCGGGAACUCUGUUUCCAUGAUUGACUAUUUGAUGUGGCCAUGGUUUGAACGGAUGGAGCUUUUUCAGCUAAAUGACUUUCCGGAUCGCACUCCAGCACUAAAACGCUGGGUUGAAAUCAUGAAGCUGGAUCCAGCAGUUCAGGCUACAAUGAUAGACCCUCAGACCUUCAAAGGCUUCCUUGAGCUGUACCUGAAGAAUAGCCAUGAGGCCUGUGACUACGGCCUCUGAGAGCUAGUGCAAACCUUUCCAAUGGGUGGCAAAGUGUACAGGCGGAGGCACUGUUCCAGUUUGCACAUUUGGUACCCGAGCUGCAUUAUUGCUGUUUUAGCAUGGUUUAGUGUUUUUGUGGGCAAUGAAUUAUGCUGCUGUGCUGAAAUGAGAGACCACCUGCAAAAGGACCACCUGCUCUCAAAAGUAAGAAGCAUAAAACUGGGGCAGGAAAAAAGGGUUUUAGGGUUUGCCAGUGAAAUUUGCCAAACCGUGUAAGUUACAAUGUUUCUCUUCCAUCUCAUCAACAUAGGUUAAAGUCUGUUGGCUCAGUUGCUGUUUUGAAACUGGAAUAAAUACACUCAAAACAGA